GUCGCUGCUGCUGCAGUAACGAAUUAGAAGGCUUCUGAAAUGCUGAGAAGACAGGCUCCCAGUCAGAUUGCAUUGGGGACUGGUAUAAAGAGAAAGGAAACAGAAGAUGGAGAGUCAACCAGAGAAGCCAGAACAGUUCAAUUGUCUAGUAGGAAGAAGGCACAUCUCAAUGGGUCAGGAGGGACGCAACGCACCAGCCACCUGAAGGGACUGCCUCCAGGCAUGUGUAGGAUGAGGCAACCCCUGGCAGUCAGGACAUCAGUGCAGGAUGGAGGAGACAGAUCAAGCAGGAUGAGUGAUCAUGAAGCCUUGAUCAAGAAGAUUUUGUCCAAGCCAUUCAAAGUGCCAAUUUUAAACUACCAAGCCACUGAAGGUCCAAGGGGGCUGGGAAUGCGCAGACAAGGUGUCAGACAACCUCUCCACGACCCAACAGAAGAGGGAGCCCUGGUUCUCUUCUCCCCACCGGAGCUGAGUGCUCAUGAACAGCUGUCUGUUGAUAAAGAGAAACAACCUGUCCAUGGUAAGGGUGUAUUUGAUUUUGAUUUGAUUUGAU